AUGGAGGAAAUAAUGAUGCAAGAGACAAGUAGUAGGUCAGCACUAAGUAUCAAUGCUCAACAAAGUGAUUUUUGGUUAAGUAUAGGAGAAAGAGAUAGAAGUCCUACAGUGACGAGGAUUCGGUCUAGAAGUCUUUCUAAUCCAAAUGAAUAUAUAGAGAAAUAUUUGUUAUUAGAUCCAGGUAAUCAUCCACCAGCACAUUUCAAAAAUAAAAUGUCACCUUUUAGAUUUGAUAUACGUCAAAAAUUUGAAAAAUAUGUUGAAAACCAAUCUUCCGGUUUAGCUAAAUGGCAAUCUGCACAUCAUUCCGCACUUAAUGAUAUAUUUUUUUCUUAUUCUGCAUUGCUGGGAUCUCAUACAUUUUAUGUUCUAUGUUUACCAUUACCAUGCUAUUUUGGUUUAUUUGAAUUCACUAGAGAUACAGUAUAUAUUAUCGGUUAUUCCAUAUAUAUAUCAGGAUUUCUGAAGGAUUUUUUAUGUCUUCCAAGACCAAGAUCUCCACCGGUUCAUAGAAUUACAUUAAGUGAAUACACAGCAAAGGAAUAUGGUGCACCAAGUUCGCAUACUGCAAAUGCUAUUGGCGUAUGUUUAUUAAUUUUACAAUGGGCAUUCACCAGUGCAUCAGUGAUGUCGACUCAGAAAAUUAUAAUGACAAUUCUGGCAAUAGUUUAUUGUUUAACUCUUACCGUAGGAAGAAUAUAUUGUGGUAUGCAUGGUCUAUUCGAUUUAAUAAGUGGUGCACUUAUAGGAUUAAUUUGUUUUCUCCUAAGAAUGAUUUUAAAAUAUACAUUUAUUGAUUUCAAUUGUGGAGAUCUCUUUUGGUAUCCCAUGAUCUCCAUCUGUUGGGGGUUAACUCUUUUAUUUAAUCAUCCUGCUCCAGUAGAUGUGUGUCCAUGUUUUUAUGAUAGUGUUGCGUUUGUUGGUGUGAUUGGUGGUGUUGAAUUAUGUGAUUGGUUCAUUAAAUAUUAUGAUUUUUCAUUAGUUUAUUCCAUUGAUUAUACUACAGAUAUUACAAUAAUAACAAGAAGGUUAAUUGUAGGUGUCAUAAUUACAGUCAUAUGGAAGUAUAUUAUUGGGAAGCCAUUAAUAUAUAAUUUUUUAUUUUAUAUUCUUGGAUUUGAUGACGACAGAGAGUUAGAUGAACAUGAUGAACCAUUACCUGGCGAUCGUGAAUGUAAAUUGUUUAAAGGUAAUUCAGAUGUUAACAUUGUUGGUAGAUAUUUAAUAUAUGCAGGGAUUCCUAUGUGUGUGAUGUUGAUAAGCCCUCCGGUAAUAACAUUUGUAGCUAAUUAUGUAUACUAA